GCAACCAAGCAGUUCCUGGAGGAGAUCAACAAGUGGACGGGCCAGUACAAUGUGUCCCCGCUCUCCUGGAACGUGGCUGUCAAGUUCCUCAUGGCCCGCAAGUUCGAUGUCCUGCGGGCCAUCGAGCUCUUUCACUCCUACCGGGAGACGCGGCUGAAAGAGGGCAUUGUGAAGCUGAAGCCGCAUGAGGAGCCGCUGCGCUCAGAGCUGCUCAGCGGCAAGUUCACCAUUCUGAGCGUGCGGGACCCCUCAGGAGCCUCCAUCGCCCUCUUCACGGCCAAGCUGCACCACCCCAGCAAGAGUGUGCAGCACGUGGUGCUCCAGGCACUCUUCUACCUGCUGGACCGAGCAGUGGAGAGCUUUGAAACCCAGAGGAACGGGCUAGUGUUCAUCUAUGACAUGGCGGGCUCACAGUACACCAACUUUGAGCUGGACCUCAGCAAGAAGAUCCUCAACCUGCUGAAGGGUGCCUUCCCAGCUCGGCUCAAGAAGGUUUUCAUCGUGGGAGCACCCAUGUGGUUUCGCGUGCCCUACUCCAUCAUCAGCCUGCUGCUGAAGGAGAAGCUGCGGGAGCGGGUGCAGAUGGUGAAGAUGUCAGAGCUGAAGGAGCACCUGCCCCGGGAGUGCCUCCCUGAGUACCUUGGAGGGUCCCUCAAACUGGACCCCAGACCCUGCCGGUUCCUGCCCCAGCAGAACGGGCACCCCGACCCCCUGGAUGAGCUCAUCCUGGUACCGCUGGUGACCCCCAAAGAUAACGGCUCUGUCCACGUCCCUGGGCCCAAGUCCGUCACCCUCCAGGAGCUGCUGGAUCACGUCAGCCACAAGCAGAAACGGGGCAUCUAUGAAGAGUAUGAAGACAUUCGGCGUAGGAGCCCAGCCGGCACCUUUGUCUGCUCUUUGGCACCUUACAACCAGGAGAAGAACCGGUACGGGGACGUGCCCUGCCUGGACCAAACCCGUGUCAAGCUGGCGAAGCCGUACAGCCGCCCGGAGCUGACCGACUACAUCAAUGCGAGCUUCAUGGAUGGCUACAAGCAGAGGAAUGCUUACAUCGGGACUCAGGGGCCUCUGGAAAACACCUAUGGUGACUUCUGGCGCAUGGUGUGGGAGCAAAACGUCCUGGUGAUCGUGAUGACGACCCGGCUGGAGGAGGGAGGCAGGAGAAAGUGCGGCCAGUACUGGCCCCUGGAGAAGGAUUUCCAGGUGUGCUUCGGGGCCCUGACCAUCACCAACCUGGGCGUGGAGAACCUCAACCAUUACAAGAAAACCAUCCUGGAGAUCCACAGCUCUGAGACCAGGGAGCGGCGGCUGGUCUCCCAUUUCCAGUACCUGAGCUGGCCAGAUUACGGCGUCCCCUCCUCCGCGGCCACUCUCAUCGACUUCUUGGGGGCCGUGAAGCAGCAGCAGAGGGUGGCAGUCAGCGCUCUGGGACCUCGCUUCAAGGGUCACCCUGGGGGACCCCCGGUUGUGGUGCACUGCAGCGCCGGCAUCGGCAGGACAGGUACCUUCUGCGCGUUGGACAUCUGCCUGUCCCAGCUGCAGGACGUGGGCACGCUGAACAUCUACCAGACGGUGCUGCGCAUGCGGACCCAGCGCGCCUUCAGCAUCCAGACCCCCGAGCAGUAUUACUUCUGUUACACCGCCAUCCUCGAGCACGCCCAGCGCGAGGGCCUGCUGCUCGCCAACCACAGCCGUGCCGGCCAG